UUCUCCAAUGCUCACCCCUUGAGCAGAGCAGCAGCACUUGUGUCACACGCAGCCUGCACCACACCAGGAUGUCUCUCCUACUCUCAGUUAGUGCCGAGACAAAGCCAAACGCUGGAGCCUGUGGGAAUGGGACGUCCCAGGAGCUGAGGAGAGGAUGGAAGAACAUCCUGAUCAAGCCCCUGUUGGUUGAGAGGAGCUCUAGCAGGUGCUUAGGUGCAGCCAGUGCAGUGAGAGGAGGGGACAGCAAGUCAGUCUGGCAAUGAAGGGACAUCUCUCUACUCCGGUGCUGUGGCUUCUUCUCCUCACAAUUCAGGACAUAGCAGGUGCUGAGGAGCUGAGGCUGGUGAAUGGAGGCAGCCCCUGUGCUGGGAGAGUGGAGGUUAAACACCAGGAUCAGUGGGGGACGGUGUGUCACCUUGGCUGGGACAAGGCAGAUGCUGGAGUUGUCUGUAAGCAGUUGGAAUGUGGAGCUGCUGUCAGUGCCCAUCGUUAUGCUCAUUUUGGACCAGGAUCUGGACCAAUUUGGCUGAAUAGAGUUGCCUGUCAUGGUACCGAGUCUGCUCUCUGGCACUGCGGGAACAUGGAAUUUAAAAUGCAUGACUGUUAUCAUGAGUUGGAUGCUGGAGUGACCUGUUCAGGACAUGUUGAGCUCCAGCUGGUUGGAGGGGACAGUGCCUGCUCAGGACGUGUGGAAGUAAGACAUAGAGACACCUGGGCUACAAUCUGUGAUGCACACUUUGAUCUCAAAGCUGCCAGUGUUAUCUGUAAAGGACUACAGUGUGGAACAGCUGUAUCUAUCCCAGGAGGAGCUCACUUCGGAAAAGGACAAGGACCAAUCUGGACUGAGGAAUUCCAGUGUGUAGGGAAUGAGUCACACCACGUGUACUGUCCCAGGAUAUCAUACGGGAAUCAAACGUGCUCACAUGCAAAUGAUGCCAGUGCCAUAUGCUCACGGCACACAGGUUUCCGGCUGGUGAACAGCAGCACAGUGUGCUCAGGAAGGGUGGAGAUCCAGGUUCUUGGUGCCUGGGGAACCCUCUGUGACUCACGCUGGGAUUUACCAGAUGCCAACGUUCUCUGUCAUCAGCUCAACUGUGGAUUGGCUGUAUCAGCACCAGGAGAAGCAUAUUUUGGAAAGGGAAUUGGCUCUGUCUGGACAGACACAUUUCACUGUAAUUGGCAUGAGCCUCAUUUAUGGCAUUGCCCUGUUACUGCCCUGGGGGCCUCUAAGUGCUCACACGACAAUGAUGCCAGUGUGAUUUGCUCAGGUCGUUCAGAAUCGCUCAGACUGAUGAAUGGAGAGAGCCGAUGCGAUGGGAGAGUUGAGAUUUCCCUCCAUGGUGUGUGGAGCAGAGUGCUGGAUGAUCAGUGGGACAUGAAUGAUGCCAGCGUGGUGUGCAGGCAACUCGAGUGCGGAGUCGCUGAGAAAGCUUAUAACCUCCCUAAGACUGAGCAAGGAACAGGCCCCGUGGGGCUGAGAAGGGUCCAGUGUGCAGGAAACGAGAGUAAUCUGACACUCUGCAUCAUCUCCACGUCUGAGACAGAGCAGCCAGGAAUUGCUGAGGAUGUCGGCGUCGUUUGCUCAGGGAGCAGGCGGAUCAGACUGGUGAAUGGGGCAGGUCGCUGUGCCGGGAGAGUGGAGAUUUAUUACAAUGGCAGCUGGGGGACAGUCUGUGAUGAUUCCUGGGAUCUGUCAGACUCCAAUGUCAUUUGCAAGCAACUGGGAUGUGGACACGCCAUCAAUGCAACUGUCUCUGCUCAUUAUGGGCAAGGAUCUGGGCAGAUCUGGCUGGAUGAUGUGAACUGCUCUGGGAACGAAUCCAAUCUCUGGGACUGUCCUUCCAGAGGCUGGGGCCAGCACAACUGCAGACACAAAGAAGAUGCAGGAGUUCUCUGCUCAGAAUUCACGGAUCUGAGACUGGUGAGUGGCAGUGACUGUGCUGGGCGACUGGAGAUUUUCUACAAUGGGAUUUGGGGCAGUGUUUGCAACAGUCCUAUGGAUGCCGUCACCAUGGCACUUAUAUGCAAACACUUGGACUGUGGAGACAGAGGGACACUUUUGACAGAGUUAAAACAUGGAAGCGGCUCUGGCCCUACCUGGGUGGAUGGUGUUCGGUGUGAUAAGCAGCACAUCUCCCUUUGGCAAUGCCCAUCAGACCCUUGGAAACAACAAUCGUGUAGCAGAGGAGAAGAAACCCAUAUUACUUGUGAAGGAAGGAAAGGGAAACCUACCAAAUGCCCGAACUCUACAAGCUGUACAGACCAGGAGAAGUUACGUGUCGUGGGAGGAGAGGACAGAUGCUUGGGCAGAGUGGAGGUUUGGUACCGUGGCUCCUGGGGAACAGUUUGUGGUGACUCCUGGGACAUGGCAGAUGCUAACGUUGUGUGUAAACAACUGGGCUGUGGAACUGCUGUAUCUGCCCUGGGCGAGGCUGCAUUCGGUGAGGGGACUGGUCCCAUCUGGGUAGAGAAGGUGAACUGCAGAGGGACAGAGUCAUCUCUCUGGGACUGUUGUUCCAAGUCCUGGGGUGAGAGUAACUGUGACCAUAAGGAAGAUGCUGCUGUGAAUUGUUCAGGUGUGACACAGACAACAGAUUCACCAAAUACCCCAGCUCCCCCACGCCGUCCUCUGUCCUCUGACAGUGGGAGAGUCACGUUGCCCGUGGUCGUCUGCAUUAUCCUGGGGGCCCUGCUGUGCCUGGUCUUAAUCAUUCUGGGGGCGCAGGUGCGAAGUGCCAGGGCACAGCGCAGAGGCUCCAGAAGACCCUUGGAUCCCUUCUCUGAGGCCGUGUACGAGGAGAUUGACUAUAACCUGAUGAGAGAGAAGCAGGAGAUGUUCAGUCGCUCAGUCUCCUAUUCAGAUGACUCAGUGAUGAAGCUGCAGUAUUACACCGGGGACAGCGAGGGGGAAAACGAUCCUGGAUCAGAACAAGAUGGAGUUUCCCCAGAGGGGUCUCAGCUGGAUUACGAUAAUGUGGAAGAGCCUGCCCUGAACGAUGUCCCCCAGACUCCAGACGGCCGAGAUGCCUCUGCCCUGCCUGGAGAUGUCACAGGGGAUGGUUAUGAUGAUGCCAGAGAAGUGUCUGACCCUGAAGGUGACCCUGCUUUGGGGCAGAAUGAUGAGGAAGGCACUGGGGUGAAUGACAGGAACAGAGAUUCACAGACAGGUGGGAGUCGGCACUCGCUAAGGAGUGAAGUUGUCUCUGGGAUGGACAGGGAAACCCAGUUCCCGCUUCCUGGAGACACAGGUUAUGAUGAUGUGGAACAUGGUGACCCUGGGGGAUCAAUAUCAGAACAAUUUGAUUGGAAAAAAUAACCUUGUGAUGAUGUAAACGCUUUGCCUCUUUCUCUCAGAAAUGCUCCGUCUGCUAUGACGGCCUAGAGACAGUCCCUGACUGGUAGAUAGACAAAGCAGGUGUUUUUA